AAUGCAAGAACCCGAAAUUAAACAUGAAAUCUUAUUAUCGUCGGUGAGCUAUUGGAUUAAGAGAUUUCGCUAUUUAAUCGGUUUACCUGAUGAGAUUGACUUCGAUUCGUAUGCAGCUAAAAAGAUAACUCUAAUGGAAGAAUCGUCUCGAAGUCUAUUAAUAACUCGACGUGGAUACAAUCAUUCGGAUCCCAAUUGGGAAUUUCCUGAGUUCAAAUGGAAAAAUUCAAUUGGUAGAAUAAUUUUCAUAAUCGUUCUGAUAAGAAUGACAAUCUUAUCCUUUUAUCCCAAUUCGGCUAAUUGUCUGUGGAUCAAUAUUUAUCUUGGUAAUCCUUUCCAUGGAGAAACUUAUUCCAGUACAGUGGCGAUUCUUGGACUUUCCCUUUUGGUUGUUUGUGGGGCACUUCGAGAAUAUUGUAUCUAUUUGGAUGAUAUCGGUGCGAUUAAAGAUCUUGAGUUCUUACGAGUUAUUCAAUUACAUGGAUUCGAUUGUGAAAGAUUGUUGAUUAAUCGUAAACAAAUCUCGUCGUUCAAACGAUUUCUCGUCUUUCAUGUUACCAAUUGGACAUCAAUGUUACGAUUUAAUAAAUUAGCCAAUGGAUUGAUUAUGUUAUCAUUUAGAUUGUAUGAUCCACUUUUCUACUCUAAUCCAGUUUAUGCGAUAAUCUCAAUCAUUUGGAUAAUCAUGGAAACAAUUGCUUCUCGUUUAUCAUUCACUUCGUUGUUAAAUGUUGGUGGUCAUACAAUCGCUAUGGUACCUUGGUAUCUUGCUAGAUUGAGAUCUUGUUAUGAUUUGAUUGCUCAUUCAGCUGGUGACAAGAUCGUCAGCGAGAAAUCAUUGCAAUUUGUUAAUUAUCGAUUGUUACAUUUCUUAAAUUGUUUCGACAAAAUUAUGGAUGAUUGUAAAUAUCUCUUCUUUAUCUGUAUAUUUCUGAUUUCAUUGCUCGCUGAUUUAGUGAUUUUCUUGGCGAUCACCUCGAAAUUUCCUCCUCAAAUAGUUGGAACCUUUUAUUUUGCUGGUUUCUUUUGUAUAACUGCAAUCGGACUGGUCAUUUAUAAUGGGGGUGAAUUUGUGGAUCGGUCCGAUGAAAUCUACAGCCUCUUGGUUAAAGUUCACAACAAAAGUGUAGCUUCGAUAGGGACAAAGUUAAAUACUCAUAAGAUAUUGGAUCGCAUUGGCAUCUAUGGUACUGGAGCCAAAAUUGGUGAUGUUAUCAAUAGAGUUACAAGAGAUAUGUUUGUAAUUGUUAGUUAAUUGUUUUCUAACUGU